GUCUUUCUGCUGCGAAGUUACUCACCGAGCAAGGCGUCGACGUCAUCGUGUUGGAAGCGAGGGAGAGGGUGGGAGGACGGACGCAUACUGUCAAGAACGACGUGGUCGAAUGGGUGGACCUCGGCGGUUCUUACGUGGGUCCCACACAGAACCACAUCCUGAGACUGUCUCACGAACUCGGCGUCGACACCUACAAGAUCUUCGCCGAUCUCAAGAGUAUCCACUACAGCGGGGGGCGAGCUUACGUCUUCGACACCACGUGGGCUGAGUUCGGCUUUUGGAGUCCUCUGGCCUGGUUCGACAUCAACUACGUCAUGCACAAGAUGGACAAAAUGAUGGAAGAGAUUCCGGCGAAUCAACCCUGGAAUUGCCCGUACGCCCAAGAGUGGGACGCAAUGACGUUGCAGUCCUUCUACGAGAAAGAGACCUGGACCAAGCACGCACUUUGUUACCUGACGUCGCUGUCGAAAGUCAACCUGGCCACUGAGCUCGGACAGAUAUCGUUGCUCUGGGCGCUCUGGUACAUCAAGUGCUGCGGCGGAAACCGAAGGAUCAACAACACGGUCAAUGGGGCCCAGGAAAGAAAAUUCAAGGGAGGAUCAAUGGUGAUAAGUGAAAAACUAUACGAGCUACUUGGAGAUAGAGUACAUCUCGACGCUCAAGUUUGCGACCUGGUUCAAGACGAACGGGGUGUUAUCGUGCGUGUCAUCGAUGGGGUAGAAUACCAGGCCGAUCACGCCAUCAUGGCCAUCCCUCUGCCAAUGCAACUGAAGAUCCACUACGAGCCCUCUCUGCCUCCACUGCGGAAUCAACUAAUUCAACGGAGCCCCGUUGGAUCGGCCAUCAAGAUAAACAUUUACUACAAAACCCCUUUCUGGAGGCAAAAAGGAUACAACGGUGGCGUAUCAUGCAGCCAGCAGGAGCUUUCCUUCAGCUUUGUGACAGAUGACUGUAGGCCCGGAUUUUCCCUGGCAGCAUUGACAGUCUUUGUCAUUGGAAACAACGCCCUGACGCUUCAAGAAAUGUCGAAAGAAGAGAGAAGGGAGAUUGUUGCUGCGGACUUGGCCAAGGUCUAUGGCUGUGACGAAGCCUACAACCCCGUUCAUUACGAGGAGAAGAAUUGGCUUCAGGAGCAGUACUCGGGUGGCUGCUACGUGUCCACGUUCCCUACUGGUGUCAUAAGCAGAUUCGGAAAGACCAUUCGUGAGCCCUUCCUCAAGGUGUAUUUCGCGGGUACAGAGACGGCAACCACGUGGCCCGGAUACAUGAGUGGAGCAGUGCAAGCGGGUGAGAGGGCCGCCAGAGAGGUUCUACACGCCAAGGGCAUUAUUGGUGAAGACGAGAUCUGGACCAAGGAACCUGAAUUCAAAGAUGUGCCGGCGAGGCCGUUCGACAAGUCCUUCCUCGAACGUCACCCGCCUUCCGUCGGCUGGAUCAUUGCCGCCAGCGCUUUCGCGUCAUUGGGGUUACUGGGGGGCGCCGCAUACGCCACUCUGAAGCUUUCCAGACCACGAUUUUGGUAACCUCCCGAGGAACUUUGCGUUGUGUCUGCCACAAACACGGGCCGAUUUCUGCGGAAUAAAAACCAUGCCCCCGUGUGCAA